UAUAUAUAAGAAAUGAAGAGAUAAUGUCGUAACAUUCGACGACAAGCAAAGAAUGUAGACUGAGAAUACUAGUAUAUUAUACAACUAAUGCACUGAAAUCUCAGGAUAUAUUUUUCUAUUUAUAAAACAAUAUAAAUUUAUUGCUCAAUAUAAGUCAAUCUCUACAUGACAACUUACAUAAACAAGAAUAUAGGAUGUAAUACAGUUUUUUAAAGAAAUGGAUAUUCAUACCGGUAUUGUGGAGAAUGGAGACAAAAAUAAUGACAAACGUGUGAAGUCCGUAGCAAAAAGAGGAGACUUUAGUAAUAAAAUGGCAAUGAAUCAUUUUGACGAUGCUAAAACAAACUCUAAUUUCCAGAGUGGCAAUAAAAAGUUACACUCGUCGCAGCAAGAAGGGUUAUGUCAUCAAUAUAAGGCGCAUAUACCGACUGCAAGAAAAUAUUGUUUGAUAUUACUGUAUUUAGCAUAUUAUUGUUAUGCAAUGUACUGCAAUUUUGGUGACGAAUCUUCUAUACGGCUAACAGUUUUUACCGGUUUUGGGGUCAUGUUUCUAGGUUGGAACAAAUUGUUGUCAUAUAAAAAGAUACGAAACUUACAAAAGGCUGUUACUUCAUCGAUCUACCUGUCGUUUAAGUAUGGUUCCAGACCAAAGGUUAUUCGAUGGACUCUAUAUUUUAUAUGGACAGCACUUGCAGUGUACUACCUUGUAGUCAAUGUUGCUUUAAAGAAUCCAAGAAAGUUGCGAGCCCUUGGAGGCUAUGUUGUGUUCAUUCUAUUACUCCUUCUGCUCUCAAACAACAAAAAGAAGAUCAAUUGGCACUGUGUGUUUUGGGGAUCAGCAUUGCAGUGUAUAUUAGGUUAUUUUGUCAUCAAAUCAAACGCGGGUUCGACCGUCAUCAUGUGGUUCUCUGACCGACUUGAAGAGUUCAUGGAGUAUUCUAAUGUUGGGGCAAAAUUUGUCUUCGGUGAUUCGUAUUUAACGCAUCGCUUUGCAAUGCAGGCCAUGCCUUCCGUCAUAGUGUUUUUCGCAGCCAUACAAGUCCUUGUUUACUUAGGAACGAUACAGUUCAUAGUUCGAACAUUGGGGAAAUUUAUAGCCAAUAUUCUGGAUGUAUCUGCUCCUGAGGCUACAAAUGCAUGUGCAAACAUUUUCCUUGGUGGUAUUGAAUCUGCGAUACUAGUGGUGGAGUACAUUGAUGCAAUGCCAACAUCUCGGCUUUUCACGUUAAUUACAAAUUGGUUCGCUUCCUGUGGGGGAUCAGCUUUGAUACAAUUUAUAUCGUUUGGGGUGCCACCGGUUUAUCUUUUAGCAGCAUCAGCAAUGUCUGCACCUGCUGCUCUUAUCUGUGCUAAACUUGUUUACCCUGACACCGAUCAAACUGUGUUCGAUGAAAGCACGGAAGAUGUUGUUCUUUAAGUAGUGACAAAUCAAAAUCUUACAGAUGAAGCUUAUUCAAACGCUAGUUUUGUAACUGACACUGACAUCAGCUUUGUGGCCGAACCAGUUAACAGUACAGAACAAACAAAAGCACAAAAGCACACUAAGGAAACACAGACUGAUGAUAUUGAUGGCAGUAAACAGAAAAGGGAUAUGAAGCGAAAGUUACCCGAGCCUAAAAAUAUCGGCGAAGCAUUAGUAGUAGGUACUAAGCAAGGAAGCAGGUUGGUCGUAAAUAUCAUAGGAAACAUGAUUGUGGCAUUAUCAGCGGUGGAAUUUGCUGAUAAGACUGUUGAAUGGUUUGGAAAUAGAGUUAAUAUUCAUAUAAGUUUAAAGAUUGCUCUGUCUUAUGUGUUUUAUCCACUUGUGUAUAUCAUGGGAGUUGAUGUUGAAGAUUGUCUCCGAGCAGGAGAAAUGUUGGGCAUUCGUUCUAUAUCUCUGGCUGGUAUAUCAUAUCAACAGCUAGGAAAACUAAUAGAAAACAGGAAGACAUUGAAUGACUACAUGACGGCAUUUAAUGAGACAAUCACCUUCAACAGAGAUAGUGAUAUCUUCUUGCAAAAUUGGAACAAAACGCUUAGUGGUGGUGUUUUUUCGGAGAGUUCAGAACUGGUCGUGUCGUACGCUCUCUGUGGGUUCGCUUCUGUUCCAAUGAUUGGUAUGACAAUUGGCGCACUUGUCGUCAUCAUACCAGACAGACAACAGGAAGUGACGAAACUAGCGUUCAGAGCGCUUAUAGCCGGAACUGUUGCAAGCUAUCUCACGGCUUGUGUUGCUGGUCUGGUGUCAUAGAAUCACUUAACGCAUUAUGUGUUGCUGAGCAGGUGAUAUGGCUUCGACAUAAUUUCUUCGGACUAGAUAGUAAACAGUGAAAAAGAAAUCUUAGCAAGAAUAAUAACAUAUUCUUGUUUGAAUCCUAAAGGAUAUGCGACCUCACAUUAAAUUUGGGUCAGACAAUAUAUUACAUUUGCACCUGCUCGAUAUACAUGUUUAGCUCUAUUUUAUUCGCAUUAAUCAGAUUUUACUUUGGUAUAUAAUACACAUAAACUAAAAGUAA